CAUUGUACGAACCAAGUCGCGCACGAAAAGAAAUUGGAAAUACUUCCGAUAAAUUCGGCAUGUCCAUUCGUGCCAACGUUACCAAAAACGACGAGAGCAUCGUCAGCGUGAAAUGGUCUUUUAACUGCGCCCUAAACGUGAAAAAAUCUAGCCCUCUUCAGGUGAAGCGCACGCAAGGCCGUUCGUAUACGUACCAUUUUGAGUUGCAAUGCAAUUUGUCGUGCAUUCCUGUAACCGAUCGCCAUGAGAGCCAAAAGUACAAAAUCGAGUUCUUUCUAAUAACAACAUCUGGCAAAAACGACGGAUCAAAUCCCACCGACGAUGCAGGUGUUAUUCCGGAUUGCUAUCGUCUGCCGCGCUAUAUGUGGUUGACCAUUGGCAAAGACGUAACGAAACAUUUUUUUGAAAAAAGUCCGGAAAAUAAAUGGCAAUCACGCAGCAUUUCGACUGAUUUUCCUUCAGAGUAUCACACCUUCUAUGGCGUUCUUUGGAUCAAAUUCAAUUCCGUCGGUAUUGGCGAAAUCAAGGUUGUCAGACGUAUGGCGGAGCUACUUGAUCAGCAAACACAUUGCGACGUCCAAUUCGUUUUCGAAAGUGGACAGCGCGUCGGUGGCCACGUUGCCAUUCUAUCGAUUUCCAGUCCUGUGUUCAAACACAUGUUCACCAACGACAGGAUGACGCGUCAAGUCGACAUCGCGGACAUCCAAGAAGACAUUUUUAAAGACCUCCUGCAUUACAUUUAUACCGGCCAUACUGGCACACCGUUGACUGAAACCAAGGCCCAGUCGUUGUACUUGGCGGCCGAGAAAUACGACAUAGAAGGCCUACGAGAAGAGUGUGUAGAUGUUCUACUGUUCGACAUACAACUGAAUAAUGCCAUCGACUUGAUGAUCUGGGCCGAAGCCCAUUCGAUCGACUCACUUAGAGAGGCGGCUAUAAAGUUUGUCGCUGAACAUUUUCAUACAAUUCGUGAGACGACCAAAUGGGAGUAUUUAGCGGGAAUACAUCCCGACCUUUCUGUCCGCGUUACACGGACUAUAAAAUAAACAUUUCCUGACUGCGACAAUACCCUCCCUUUAACAAUGGUUUCUCGUACGACUCACGUGAAUUUCAUUUGCAAAUUUCAGAUGAAAAUAAAGAGCUAAAUUUCCAUUCAAAAGAAGCACGAUGUUUUA